AUGGAUCCCAAUACGGGCAAGGCAGACGCCCAGCAUGACGAAGAUGCCUAUCUCGAAUUGCCCAAGCCUCAUCAGCUCGGAGGCGUCGACGAAUACGUGCCAGACACCGCCGAGGAGCGCAAGCUCGUGCGAAAGAUCGACCUCUACUUGCUUCCUGCGAUAUGGGGAAUGUACUUGCUGUCAUACAUGGACCGUACAAACAUCGGCAACGCCAAAACAGCCGGCAUGACCGACGACCUAGAUAUGGAUUCUACAAAAUACAGCAUUGCCCUCACAGUGUUCUUCGUGGGCUACGUCGUCUUCGAGGUCCCCUCCAACAUGAUCCUCGCUCGCACGAAGCCUUCUGUCUUCCUCCCGACUAUAAUGUUCCUAUGGGGCUGUGUUACUAUCGCAAUGGCUUGGGUCCCCAACUAUAAGGCUCUCAUCGGACUGAGAAUCGUCGUGGGUGUCCUUGAGGCCGGGUUUGCCCCUGGUGUGCUGCUCACACUGUCGAGUUGGUACAAGCCUAACGAGCAGGCCAAAAGGUUUGGGGUGUACAUCUCAGCUGCUAUCCUGUCCGGGGCCUUUGGUGGCCUCAUUGCGGGGGCUAUUGAGGACGGGCUUGACGGUGUCCAUGGUCUGCCCGGAUGGAAAUGGCUGUUCAUCGUUGAAGGCGCCGCAACAGCCGGCUUUUCCAUUGUAUCCUCCUUCCUGCUUCUAGACUUCCCCGAGAACACCAAACGCCUCACGGACAGCGAACGCCAACUGGCGAUAAAGCGCCUCGCGUACGGCCGACCAAAUACCCAGGGCCACGAGGAAAAGCUCGGCCACGUCGCAGCCCUGAAACGCUCCAUCGUCGACUGGCGCACCUGGGUCUUCGUCGUCGGCUAUAUGGCUAUCGUGGGAUCCUCGACCCUGUCCUACUUCUACCCGACCCUUGUCCAGGGGCUCGGCUACUCCGGCUCCGUGACACAGUACAUGACCGUCCCGAUCUAUAUCGCCGCGUUCGUGUGCACCUUCUUCAACAGCAUCUUCAUGGACCGCGUUCCGCAGUAUCGUGGUCUCUCUCUGGCGGUGUGGAUGUCCGUCGCGAUGAUCUGCAGUAUCGUCACGUGCGCCGUGUAUAAUUUCCACGCGCGGUACGCACUGCUUGUCAUCAUGGCGAGUGCGCUGUGGGCAUCUAACGCGCUGUCGCUGGCGUAUGCAUCCACGACUUUCGGGUCGAUGAAUCAUGAGGUCAGAGGAAUCAGUCUGGCGAUUGUUAAUGCAAUGGGGAAUCUGGCGCAGAUCUAUGGGGCUUAUUUGUUUCCUGAUGUUGAUGCGCCGAAGUAUCUCAUGGGAUUCGGUGUCAUCAGCGGGAUGUGUUUCACAGGUGUGGUUUCAUACUUCGUUUUGCAGGUGAUGCUUCGCAGACAGUCCAACUGA